AAGAAGAUAAUAAAGACAAUAAUUGUGAAGUAUUAGAUAAUGAAACAAUUAGUAUUCAAGCUCUACAGGGUAUUCAAAAUUUACUUUAUAUUAUCAGAAGAAGAAGACCACCCAAGUAUCAUUUUAUUAGUAGUAUAGAAAAAGA